AGGGUGGACAGAAAGGAUGGAUAAAAAACACCUAGAUGACAUCUACAUAGAGCUCUCCAUCAGAUAUGGGAGCGGUGCAAACAUCAAUAUGCAGCAUGAAGUCAGGCAGGUUGAGAUGGCAUCAAGAGAACCGGGGGGAACAGAGCAACCAGUCCAACCCAGUGAUAUUUUCACACACCCCUCUGGAAAAAACAUACCCGUAAGAACAGUGCUGACCACUGGGAUUGCAGGAAUCGGCAAAACAUUCCUUGUACACAAAUUCAUCCUGGACUGGGCUGAAGGAAGAGCCAAUCAAGAUGUGCAUCUCACGUUCCCCUUCACCUUCCGCCAGCUGAACUUACUGAAGGGCAGAAGGUUUCGUUUGGCAGAGUUCAUUCACGAAUGUAUCCGGGAAACUAAAGACAUCAGCGAAGAGGAUCUUAAUGACAUCUUUACAAAACUACAGGCUUCAGGAAACACCAACUACGACAAGAGUAAAUUCAAACUUCUGUUUGUGCUUGAUGGGCUGGACGAAAGCCGCCUUCAGCUCGACUUCACUGCUGACAAACAUCCCACUAUUGAUGUGACACAGGCAGUUGGAGUAGAAGUCCUGGUGACUAGCCUCAUCAAGGGAGAUAUGCUCCCCUCUGCUCGCCUCUGGAUAACCACACGGCCGGCAGCAGCCAAUAAGAUCCCUUUGAACUUUGUUGACAUCAUGACCGAGGUGAGAGGGUUCACUGAUCCACAGAAGGAGGAGUACUUCAGGAAAAGAUUCAGAGAUGAGGAGCUGUGCGGCAGAAUCCUCUCCCACGUCAAGACAUCACGAAGCCUCCACAUCAUGUGCCACAUCCCAGUCUUCUGCUGGAUCACCGCUACAGUUCUGGAGGAUGUGUUGAAAACCAGUGACAAAGUAGAACUGCCCAAGACCCUGACUGAGUUGUACAUAGAAUUCUUGGUGUUCCAGAUCAGACAGACGAAAGAGAAGUAUGGCACACAGAAGUGCAUUCAGUACAUUAAUUCGCUUGCAAAACUUGCUUUUCACCAACUGGAAAAGGGGAACCAAAUCUUCUAUGAAAAAGAUCUCAAAGAGAAUGGCAUUGAUUUCAACGAAGCCUCAGUGUACUCAGGAGUGUUCACGCAGAUCUUUAAAAAGGAGCGCCGCUUGAAGAAGGGCAAGGAUGAGGAUAAGAUGUUCAGCUUUGUCCAUCUGAGUAUUCACGAGUUCUUGGCUGCUGUUUAUGUGGUGCAGUCACUCAUUAACAGAAACAAAAAUGUAAUGGGGCAACAACAACUCGUGCAGAUGCUUUUUAGCAAACCGUCUAUAGCGGAGGUCCAAAGAAUGGCUAUUGACAAGGCCUUAAAGAGUCCAGAUGGACACCUGAACUUGUUCCUCCGCUUCCUCAUGGGUCUCUCCUUAGAGACCAGUCAGGAUAGCCUACAAGGCCUACUGAAACAGACAAUAAGUACUUCAGAGGCCAAUCAGGAAACAGUGCAGUACAUCAAGGAAAAGAUCCGGGAGAAUCCGUCUCCAGAGAGAUGCAUCAACCUCUUCCACUGUCUGAAUGAGCUCAAUGAUCAUUCUCUAGUGGAGGAGAUCCAGCAGAGCCUGAGUUCAGGAAGUCUCUCCACAGACAAACUCUCUCCGGCUCAGUGGUCAGCUCUGAUCUUCAUCUUACUGUCAUCGGGAAAAGACCUGGAUGUGUUUGACCUCAGGAAGUAUUCUGCUUCAGAGGAAGGUCUCUUGAGGCUGCUGCCGGUGGUCAAGAAUUCUAGUGUGUUCUUCCUGAGUAGCUGUAAAUUGUCAGAGAGAAGCUGUGAAGCUCUGUCCUCGGUUCUCAGCUCCCAGUCCUCCACUCUGAGAGAGCUGGACCUGAGUAACAACGAGCUGCGGGAUUCUGGAGUGAAGCUGCUUUCUGGUGGACUGGAGAGUCCACACUGUAAACUGGAAACAUUCUGGCUGAGUGGCUGCAAACUGACCUGGAGAAGCUGUGAAACUCUGGCCUCAGCUCUCAGCUCCCAGUCCUCCGGUCUGAGAGAAUUGGACCUGAGUAACAAUGACCUGCGGGAUUCGGGAGUGAAGACACUCUCUGCUGGACUGAUGAGUCCAAGCUGUAAACUGGAAACACUUAGGUUGAAUGUGUGUAACCUGUCAGAGAGAAGCUGUGAAGCUCUGUCCUCGGUUCUCAGCUCCCAGUCCUCCAGUCUGAGAACGCUGAACCUGAGUAACAACGACCUGCAGGAUUCUGGAGUGAAGCUGCUCUCUGGUGGACUAGAGAGUCCACGCUGUAGACUGGAAACCCUCAGGUUGUCGGGCUGCCUGGUCACAGAGGAAGGCUGUGCUUCUUUGGCCUCAGCUCUGAGCUCUAACCCGUCCCAUCUGAGAGAGCUGGACCUGAGCUACAAUCAUCCAGGAGACCCAGGAGUGAAGCUGUUGUCUGCUGGACUGGAGGAUCCACUGUGGAGACUGGGCACGCUCAGAGUGGACCAUAUCGGAAUGUGCUGGUUGAAAGCUGGUCUGAGGAAGUAUGCUUGUGAAGUCACCCUGGACCCAAACACAGCAAACAGAUACCUGGUUUUGUCUAAAGACAACAGAACGGUGACACUGGUGAGAGAGAAGCAGCCAUAUCCUGAUCACCCAGAGAGAUCCUCCAAUUCGAAGCAGCUGCUGUGUACAAAUGGUCUGACUGGCCGCUGUUACUGGGAGGUGGAGAGGAAAGGGUGGGUUGAUGUAGGAGUGACUUACAGAAGAAACAGUGCUGACUGCUGCCUCGGGCUCAAUGACACGUCUUGGAGCGUGUGUUGCUCUCUGGACCGGUACUCUGCCUUUACCAAUAACAGAUUGACAGCCAUAUGUACGACCACCUCUGUUUCUGACAGAGUAGCGGUGUAUCUGGACUGGCCUGCCGGCACUCUGUCCUUCUACAAAGUCUCCUCUGACACGCUGGUCCACCUCCACACCUUCCACUGCACAUUCACUGAACCCGUCUAUCCUGCGUUUGGGUUUGAGUAUCUGAGAGGCACAGUGUCUCUGUGUCAGCUGAAGGAGGGAGAGUCGCCUCCCGUAGACAAACACGCUUCCACCACCCUGAGUCCACCACCAGGAACUAAAGGGGAGCUACACUACAACUCAGCCAAGUAUAGGUACUAUGCAACCUCGCAGGAACCAAUGAUGGCGGCUGUUAAAGAGCUGCUUUUGGAAACACUGGAUGAUCUGGGAGAGGAAGAGUUAAAGACCUUCAAGUGGUUCCUACAGCAGGCUGAAAUCCUGGAAGACUUCCCAGCCAUCCAAAGGAGUCAUCUGGAGAAGGCUGACAGGCUGGACACACUGGACCUGAUAGUGAAGACCUACAAUGAACAAUCCGUGGAGGUGACCAAGAAAGUGUUGAAAAAGAUCAACAGGAAUGACCUGGUGCAGAGUUUGUCCAACAUCGGCUCAGGACCCAAACAAAUUGUGCAUGAUGUUGGAGGAAUUUCAGAGAGCAGAGAAGCAUCUUCUGCCCGUCCCACCAGCAGCAGUCAGACUAAAGAUUUGCUGGAGCCAGAACCUGACCCUCCAGAACUCAUUGAUUUAAACCAGCGCACACUCCAAUCACACCUCCAGAACAGGUUUAUGUGUGCCCAAGAAGGGUGGACAGAAAGGAUGGAUAAAAAACACCUAGAUGACAUCUACAUAGAGCUCUACAUCACAUAUGGGAGCGGUGCAAACAUCAAUAUGCAGCAUGAAGUCAGGCAGGUUGAGAUGGCAUCAAGAGAACCGGGGGGAACAGAACAAGCAGUCCAACCCAGUGAUAUUUUCACACACCCCUCUGGAAAAAACACACCCGUAAGAACAGUGCUGACCACUGGGAUUGCAGGAAUCGGCAAAACAUUCCUUGUACACAAAUUCAUCCUGGACUGGGCUGAAGGAAGAGCCAAUCAAGAUGUGCAUCUCACGUUCCCUUUCACCUUCCGCCAGCUGAAUUUACUGAAGGGCAGAAGGUUUCGUUUGGCAGAGUUCAUUCACGAAUGUAUCCGGGAAACUAAAGACAUCAGCGAAGAGGAUCUUAAUGAUGUCUUCACAAAAAUACAGGCGUCAGGAAACACCAACUACGACAAGAGUAAAUUCAAACUUCUGUUUGUGCUUGAUGGGCUGGACGAAAGCCGCCUUCAGCUCGACUUCACUGCUGACAAACAUCCCACUAUUGAUGUGAAACAGGCAGUUGGAGUAGAAGUCCUGGUGACUAGCCUCAUCAAGGGAGAACUGCUCCCCUCUGCUCGCCUCUGGAUAACCACACGGCCGGCAGCAGCCAAUCAGAUCCCUUUUGACUUUGUUGACAUCAUGACAGAGGUGAGAGGGUUCACUGAUCCACAGAAGGAGGAGUACUUCAGGAAAAGAUUCAGAGAUGAGGAGCUGUGCGGCAGAAUCCUCUCCCACGUCAAGACAUCACGAAGCCUCCACAUCAUGUGCCACAUCCCAGUCUUUUGCUGGAUCACCGCUACAGUUCUGGAGGAUGUGUUGAAAACCAGUGACAAAGUAGAGCUGCCCAAGACCCUGACUGAGUUGUACAUAGAAUUCUUGGUGUUUCAGAUCAGACAGACGAAAGAGAAGUAUGGCACACAGAAGUGUAUUCAGUACAUUCAUUCGCUUGCAAAACUUGCUUUUCACCAACUGGAAAAGGGAAACCUGAUCUUCUAUGAAAAAGAUCUCAAAGAGAGUGGCAUUGAUUUCAACGAAGCCUCAGUGUACUCAGGAGUCUUCACGCAGGUCUUUAAAAAGGAGCGCCGCUGGAAGAAGGGCAAGGAUGAGGAUAAGAUGUUCAGCUUUGUCCAUCUGAGUAUUCACGAGUUCUUGGCUGCUGUUUAUGUGGUGCAGUCACUCAUUAACAAAAACAAAAAUGUAAUGGGGCAACAACUACUCAAGUUCCAAAGUGUGCAGAUGCUUUUUAGCAAACCGUCUAUAGCGGAGGUCCAAAGAAUGGCUAUUGACAAGGCCUUAAAGAGUCCAGAUGGACAUCUGGACUUGUUCCUCCGCUUCCUGCUGGGUCUCUCCUUAGAGACCAGUCAGGAUAACCUACAGGGCCUGCUGAAACAGACAAUAAGUACUUCAGAGGCCAAUCAGGAAACAGUGCAGUACAUCAAGGAAAAGAUCCGGGAGAAUCCGUCUCCAGAGAGAUGCAUCAACCUGUUCCACUGUCUAAAUGAGCUCAAUGAUCAUUCUCUAGUGGAAGAGAUCCAGCAGAGCCUGAGUUCAGGAAGUCUCUCCACAGACAAACUCUCUCUGGCUCAGUGGUCAGCUCUGAUCUUCAUCUUACUGUCAUCAGGAAAAGACCUGGACGUGUUUGACCUCAGGAAGUACUCUGCUUCAGAGGAAGGUCUCUUGAGGCUGCUGCCGGUGGUCAAGAAUUCUAGUGUGUUCUUCCUGAGUAGCUGUAACUUGUCAGAGAGAAGCUGUGAAGCACUGUCCUCGGUUCUCAGCUCCCAGUCCUCCACUCUGAGAGAGCUGAACCUGAGUAACAACGAGCUGCAGGAUUCUGGUGUGAAGCUGCUUUCUGGUGGACUGGAGAGUCCACACUGUAAGCUGGAAACUUUCGGGCUGAGUGGCUGCAAACUGACCUGGAGAAGCUGUGAAACUCUGGCCUCAGCUCUCAGCUCCCAGUCCUCCGGUCUGAGAGAAUUGGACCUGAGUAACAAUGACCUGCGGGAUUCGGGAGUGAAGACACUCUCUGCUGGACUGAUGAGUCCAAGCUGUAAACUGGAAACACUUAGGUUGAAUGUGUGUAACCUGUCAGAGAGAAGCUGUGAAGCUCUGUCCUUGGUUCUCAGCUCCCAGUCCUCCAGUCUGAGAGAGCUGAACCUGAGUAACAACGACCUGCAGGAUUCUGGAGUGAAGCUGCUCUCUGGUGGACUAGAGAAUCCACGCUGUAGACUGGAAACCCUCAGGUUGUCGGGCUGCCUGGUCACAGAGGAAGGCUGUGCUUCUUUGGCCUCAGCUCUGAGCUCUAACCCGUCCCAUCUGAGAGAGCUGGACCUGAGCUACAAUCAUCCAGGAGACCCAGGAGUGAAGCUUUUGUCUGCUGGAUUGGAGGAUCCACUGUGGAGACUGGACACGCUCAGAGUGGACCAUAUCGGAAUGUGCUGGUUGAAAUGUGGUCUGAGGAAGUAUGCUUGUGAAGUCACCCUGGACCCAAACACAGCAAACAGAUACCUGGUUUUGUCUAAAGACAACAGAACGGUGACACUGGUGAGAGAGAGGCAGCCACAUCCUGAUCACCCAGAGAGAUCCUACCAAUGGAAGCAGCUGCUGUGUACAAAUGGUCUGACUGGUCGCUGUUACUGGGAGGUGGAGAGGAAAGGGUGGGUAUAUGUAGGAGUGACUUACAGAAGAAACAGUGCUGACUGCUGCCUCGGGCUCAAUGACACAUCUUGGAGCGUGUGUUGCUCUCUGGGCCGGUACUCUGCCUUUACCAAUAACAGAUUGACACCCAUAUGUACAACCACCUCUGUUUCUGACAGAGUAGCGGUGUAUCUGGACUGGCCUGCCGGCACUCUGUCCUUCUACAAAGUCUCCUCUGACACGCUGGUCCACCUCCACACCUUCCACUGCACAUUCAAUGAACCCGUCUAUCCUGCAUUUGGGUUUGAGUAUCUGAGAGGCACAGUGUCUCUGUGUCAGCUGAAGGAGGGAGAGUCACCUCCGGUAGACAAACUCGGUUGCUGAAAUAAGGCCGUACAACAUCACGCACACAAAUAAAACUUAUAUGUUUAUGUCUUAAUGUACUUGCAUGGAGGGAAAUUAACAGUAACAUAACUUGUACAGUAUCUGUAUAUUAUGAUUGACCGAUUAAAAUAUCUGUCCUAUGAA